AUGGAUGAAACUGCUGAUUUGAUGAAGGUGGAUGCCGGAGACUACGCGUUAGCAAAUCACACCUCUAAAUUCAAGGCCCAUCCUCUACAACAAGAUGCUUUCUCAGGGGAUCAUCUUCUGUUGUCUGGCAACAAGUUUUCAUCAGACAAGUUUGGCAGUCUGGAGGGACCUUUCACUGGUCCAACUGCAAAUGCCUCAUGUAGUCUCAAUUAUUGUUCAGAAAUUUCACCCCCUGAGAGCUAUCAAGCUGCGGGAGCACUGAGGACAUUUGAAGCGAGUGCCAAUGGCCAGUGGAGGAGUUGCAUUGCUCCCCUUGGUUCUGUUUUACAGAAGCCCAGAGCAAGUCGGAGUGCAUAUUUUGAAACUCGCAAACUCUCAAGCGGGACAUCAAACUCCUUGGCAGGGAAAUCCAACCAUCAUUGCCACAUUUCUGCCUAUGAAAAAUCAUUUCCGAUCAAGCCUGUCAGCAGUCCGUCAUGGAACGCUUCGUGCUGUCGCCUGCAGAGUCCCAAGAAAUCCCAGAGAAGGUUCAUCAGUACGGCAGAAGAGACUGUUCGAGAGGAAGAGAAAGAAGUUUACAGGCAGCUGCUCCAAAUGGUUACAGGAAAAAAGUUCUGCACCUCCAAGCCCUCUUCGCUGUUCUCUCUCCACCUGCCCCGAUGUGUGAGUUCCAGUAAAAACCUUGUGAAAGAAUAUGAAAAGAAAAGCAGGAAACCAGCUGAAGUUUAUGGCCUCACUCCAGGCAACCAGCUGCCCGAGGCCGUCAGGACUCCGGAGCACCACUCACACAAUUCACUGCCAUGCCCCCUUGGUAGUUAUCCGUCGCGGCUUACCUUUGAGCCUCAGGACAGCAGUACGCCGAUUCAGCAAAAUAACACACCCUCUUUGGAUGUGCAGCCUGAAGGAUCUGACUCUGUCAUAAUGCUCAAUGGCAAAGACUUCAGAUCUCCAGCUCCAAGUACCCCUUUCUUCCAGGCCGAAUUAUGGAUCAAAGAAUUAACCAGCGUCUAUGACUCCCGAGCCCGCGAGAGAUUGAGACAAAUAGAAGAGCAGAAAAGGUUGACGCGGCAGCUGCAGAGCCAGAGACUGCAGAACCAGGAGCUUUCCAUACCUGAUUCGGUGGACCUGCAUCUGCGAGUACCCCUUGAAAAGGAGAUUCCCGUGACGAUUGUCCCGGAGGAACCAAAGACAGCUGACGGCAAAGACGAGUUCCCUGAGCUCACCGAAGAGAUGGAAAGGGAAAUAAAGUGCGUGUUGCGAGGCGGGAACCAGGAUGAGGUCCUGAGCGAAGCCUUCCGGUUAACGAUAACCAGAAAAGACAUUCACACCCUGAGCAACCUCAACUGGCUCAAUGACGAGAUCAUCAAUUUCUAUAUGAAUAUGUUGAUGGAGAGAAGUAAACAAAAAGGGUUUCCAACUGUUCAUGCCUUUAACACGUUUUUCUUCACCAAGUUAAAAACCGCCGGUUACCAAGCUGUAAAACGUUGGACUAAAAAAGUGGACGUAUUUUCUGUAGAUAUCUUGUUGGUGCCUAUUCACCUGGGUGUCCAUUGGUGCUUAGCAGUCAUGGACUUCAGGAAAAAAACCAUCACAUACUAUGAUUCAAUGGGUGGAAUGAACAGUGAAGCUUGCAAGAUACUGUUGCAGUACCUAAAGCAGGAAAGCCUGGACAAAAAGCGGAAGGAAUUUGAUGCCAAUGGCUGGAUGCUGCUGAGCAAAAGGAGCCAGGAGAUCCCUCAGCAGAUGAAUGGCAGUGACUGCGGGAUGUUUGCUUGCAAAUACGCUGACUACAUCGCCAAAGACAAGCCAAUCAACUUCACUCAGCAACACAUGCCUUAUUUCCGGAAGCGGAUGGUCUGGGAGAUUCUCCAUCGCAAGCUGUUGUGAUUUCACGUCAAGCGCAGGACCCUUCAGAGACUAAAUAGGCCUUUACCCUUCUCAGCCAUCUCAGAUACAGACUGCAUGGGAUUUCCACUGGUACUUACCAGACUCAGUUUAA